AUGUCGGUAAUUAGAUUUACACGCUGCAGUCAGUUUCUCUCGGAUAGAAAAGAUGUUCGCCUAUUCCAUCACUAUCUCAGGACAGUCUCGAAGAUUUCUCAAACUCAGCAGCUUUUGCAGAAAUCUGUCGCCACUGAUAUCGAUGGACUGUCAAAACAGAGCUAUUCCACUUCUGUGAAACCACACAUGACACCAGCAAUGCACAAAUGGAAGCAGAAGAAAAGGAAAAGCAAAACCCAGCAGAAAAUGGAAAUGGAAAAGCUGCAUGAAGAAUUAGUUAAAU